GAAAUCAACCUCUGCCUAGUCAUAAUUGAGCCGCCAAUAAAUCCAGACAGACUCGUUCAACGUGAUCUCUACUUGCUGCUGGCCAUUGUUCUCGGUGCGUGGCUUUGCUCUUCUGUGGACAGUUAAUAAGCAUGCACGCAUAAUGAAUAGGUUAACGAUCCUUUUAUCGACGUUCUUUCUGAUAACGUUUAUUCAGGUCCAAAUCGAAGCGCAGGUCGUUCAACCAGCGCACACCCUGACGAGAAACGAACGACCGAGCAGCGCCACGAAACCGCCGCCAAAAAAUGCUUCACCUCCGAUGAAAAUUCCCACGAGCAAACCAACCCCUAGACCAAAUCUCAAUGCCGCGAUCGAUAGCCUCAAAGAUCGCUUGCUUAAUAACACGGAAACUCCGCAGGAAAUGCUCCAGCAUGUGAAGGAGCACUCGUUCCGGAAUGCUUUCCAUGAGGCGAUCGAUGCCAAGAUCGUUAAUUCCAGCCUCAUACACACGCUGUCAUCCGUUGCGAAACCGUUGGUCAACGACUACACGAAGGACACCCUGCUGAUCGAUUCGAUUCGGGAGGAUGUGAAUUUCACGUUCGGCCCGAACGUAACCUGGUGGGAGACGCUGGAGCUGAAGAAAAAGGAACAGCACGUGAUCGUUGGGUUGAGCGACACCAGCAUUGUGAUUCUGUUCGAGCACUUUGGCGAGUACACGCUGCAACAGGAAGUGCGCAUGGAGACGGCACCAACGGCGUUCGAGAUCAUUACGGUUUUCGACUCCACUACGGAGACGGCGAUAAGCUGUUUGAUUGUUGCGACCGAGCUGCAGUUGGUUUGGUACACGAUGCGGCAGGAUGCAAACUUCUUGCUGAAGGAGGAGUGGCGUUGGCCGCUGUACAAGUCGACGACGCUGAUACGGGGGUUCAAGUACCGGGAGAUCGACAUGAUUCUGCUGGUUGGGACGCAUCCGAAUAAGCAAAAAACCGUAUCGGCGACGUUGUAUGAGUUUAACUUUGAACGGCAACAGUUCUGGUUGUUGCAGAGGUUGGAACUCGUGCAUCCUUGCAGCAAGGUGGGUUUGGUGAGAGUUGGGCGGGAGUUUCUGGUCGCAUUUCCUCAGAAUGAUACGGCCAUGAUUUAUACGCUGGAAGCGGGGGAGAAGUAUCGGGGAAGAUUCACCCUGAUUGCAAACUAUACGUCGGAGUUGAUCAACACGGUGGACGCUUUCCAAGUAGGACGAUAUGCGUAUAUAGCGAUCGGGGGUAGAUCUCCGCAGAUUCUUCGGUACGCGAACGGGGUGUUUACAUCGCAAAGUAUUUCAAUGGACGCGAUGGAAACGGUUGAAGCCUAUUUCGAAAUACCGACUCCGACCUACCGGGACGAUUUGAUUCUGCUGGUUCAGCAUAAGAUGCUCUUCUCGACGCAUGAUCUUCAGAGAUUGGACAUUUUCGUGUGGAACGGUGAAUCGUUUGAUCUACGGAGUAACAUACCCUGCUACGUGGAAGAAGAACUGAUGGACAAUGAAGUUUCGUGCAUGUUGGAUCUGUAUCGGCCGACCGGUAUCGUCGGCUCCGCGAUCGUAAGUCACGGCAAGAAGGUUUCCAUGAUUAUUCCGCGAUACGAAGCUUACUCAACGAUAUUCCAUCUGCAAAUCGAGUUGCUUUCCGCGGAGCAUCCUAUCAGACAGAAGACGCAGGAGAUGCAAGACACAAUCGACGCAUUCAACAAGAUAGUUCAAUACCAGGACGAAGUGAUCAACGACGCAAUCUCCGCCAUUUCCGAGUCGCUUGAGACGAAUGAUUCCCAAUUACUGGAACUGCGAAACUGUUCAUUGGGAACGGUACAAGCGGAAAUGGUCGUGCAAGAUUCGGAAUUCAAAUGGCCAAGCGGGAAGAUCAUGGUGGGGGACAAAUAUUGGUCUUACCAAGAUACGGCCAUUGACGUUCCGACGAUCGCUCAGGAAAUUGAGAUAGAGACAGCGCGGCUAGUUAAGUUGGAACAACAACUGAACUACACAGUUCGGCGACACAACGACAGCUUUUCGCUUGAUUUGGAUCAACCGUUGUAUGUGCAAGGCCGGGUCGAGAUUGGAGGAGCUUUGGUUACGGAUGAUCUGUACGUGCGACAGCUGGAAGAAGAUCCACCAUUGCUCCGCGUGCUCCGCCAAACCGGUGACAGUGUGAAGGAACUGCGGGUAAAGGAUCUGAAAGUGAGACACUUAAAUUUUGAAACUGUAAACGGUAUUCCGGCGAGUGAUUUAGUGUUCAAUACGGGUGAGAAGAUCGAGCUUGCCAAUAAGCUGAUCGUGGACAAUGCGGUUGUUGCGCAGAAUGUAAUCUUGCCCAAGGGUGGAACGGUUAACGGAGUGGAUCUCAGUGAAUCGGCAGUGUAUUUUAACUGCAAGAAUCGUCGCUGGGACAAUCUGAAAUUUGAUUCGGUUGAAGUAUUGACAGAUGUGGUGGUUCAGGACACGAUAAAUGGAGUGAAGCUUGACCUGGAGGAAUUGGAUGCACGGUUCAGGCAAGCAAGUGAUGACACGGCGGAUAUGUUAGUGGCGGAAAAACUACAUCUGGAUGGAAAUUUGUACGUUCAUAGUAUCAACGGAGUUCCGUGGAAGGACAUCAUUCAUAGGAUCGUGCUGAAGAAUCGACCAAAUCGACUUGUGGAGCUGAAAGUUAACGGAAGUUUGAUUCUGCAGAACGAUAACGCGACGGUGUAUUACCUGAAUGGAUUAGCCUUCCCAAUGGAUUAUCUGCUGUCGAGUAGUCCCGUGGAGUCAAUUGUGACCGGUUACAAACGAUUUGUAAAUUUUACAAACGUCGAGGCUUUGGACAUCGAACGGACCAUCAACGGAGUUGAUCUGCACGAUAUUGUCACUUUGCACGAUGACCAGCAUAUUCCCGGUGAUGUAACGAUCGGCGAACUUCACGUCACCGAACGCCUCGAGGUUAAGGGAGCCAUCCACGGGAGACAUUUGGACGAGUUCCUCGAUAAUCCAACUCUGCAGCAAACCGCUCUGGUGAAAGCAGCGUGCCACUUCAAGCAACUGAUUGUGGAUGGGCCGGUUGUGGUGCAGGAUGAGUUCAACGGAAUGAAUGUGGACGCAGUUCUUUCGGAUGUGGUUUACGAUACGGAGCACACGGUUACGAUCGAAGCUUCCAAGAGGAUUGCCUCGGCCGAGUUCCGCGAUAAGGUCACCAUCGGUACCAACAUGGUCAACGAUAUACCGUUGGAUCAGUUUGUAACGCGCAGCACCGAACAGGAGUUGAGCGUUCGGGAAAUCAACGGCAACGUGUUCAUCCAUAACUUAAAAAUGGACGGGUUGUUCGACGGACUUAACGCGACAGCCUUGGACCUCAGUGCGGUCAAAUUGUUCGGUGAUCAAUACACUGAGACUUCGUUGAUAUUCAAAAACCGCGAGAAUGCCCUUUAUCCGGACGUGGAGGCUAAUGAACUGAAAAUCACAAAAACGUUGAAUUCGAAAACUAGAAGUGAAUACAAAGAUACGGAACAGGAGGAGUUAGUUUUGUCGGGGCAGAUUAGCCUCAAUCACCUACAGGUAGAUUAUCUCCAGCUGAUAGGAUCUAAUUUAGACGGUCCUUCGAAGAUGAUCAACACGAUAUACCUGCCUACAUUCGACAGCCUUCGGUUCAGUUUGACAAUACCCCAACAAAUUACUGCACCAUUUUACGUAAACAAAUUGGUCGUGGGAAGCCACAUUUCAACGACUUAUAUAAAUGGCCGGGACUUCAGUGGAUUGAAGGAGAGCAUCGACCGCAUGGACAAUUUCAAGAAUCAUCUACUGCAAGGAAGCAUUCCAAUCGACAAUCUUUACAUUGGCGGUGAUUUGCAGGUCAACGUUCUAAACGAUGUGAGCUUCGAUGCUUUAAUUAAACAAGUAAUUUGGCUAAACCGUCCAAAUAGAAUACCGGGAACAUUUCGGUUUCUAGACCCUCUGGUGGUCGAAGGAAACCUGACGACACGAGGGCUGAUCAACAAUGCCAAUUUUGCGGAGUUUCUGGAAGACGUCGCUUUGAAGUCGUCAGGUGUACCGGAGUUCUACGGCACCACGGUAUUUAUGAAUGGAUUGGUCGUAGAAGGUAACAUCAAUACCGAAAAUAUCAACAAUAUCCAUAUUAGUGAGUUGGCGAUGAGAAAUGAAACGAUCUAUUUACGAGGUGAUGUUGAAAUCCUUGGUGAUCUAUUCGUAGAGAACCUCCAUAUUGAAAAUAGUCUGAACCUUGAGCCCAUACAAAAUCUUCUAACCUCCUACGCUUAUGACGAAACUAAAGACGUCCAUACGGUUAAAGGUGAUUUGUAUUUGUACAAUGCCCAAAUCGGAGCACUACAUGUCGCAGGUUCAUUAAACCAAAUCCCCAACGUUGAUGCCCAUUUGGCAUCCAUAAUUCAUAAAAACCACGACUAUAACUUUGCCAAGCCUUUAUUGUUUAAAAAUGAAGUCUUCUUUGACCACGGAUUCACGGCCACGUACCUCAACCAAAUGGACAUAUCUACUAUAAAUGAGAACAUCGUUCGUAUCAAUGAACCCAAUCCAGUAGAAGUUGAAGCAGAUGUGGUGGUGUUUACUGAACCUAUUUACGCGGAACAACUGAUAGUUAAGGGUGAUAUGAUCACGACGAACCUCAAUGGGUGCAAUCCGGAUAUAUGGACGAGUACAGCCAUUAUGAUCGAUCGUGAUGCUGAGAUCUACGCAAAAACGUUUUUCGCACCCGGAGCUUUCCGUACAAACCAUCUUCGCGUAGACUACUUAAACGGACAACCAAUGAACAAUCUGAUUACUCUGAGCACCGAUCAAACAAUUGAGACUACGUUGUUCAUUCACGAAAUGACGAUCACUCAGCCGAUGGAAGUCGGGGGAUACGUUAAUGGAGUUACGUUACCGUACGAACGCAAGAACACCCUCAUGACUUACGGUAACCAACGCGUCCGCCUGCCGACGGUAUUCCACACGAUACAUGUCCUACACUCGCUCACGCUCCCGCCGGUAUUGAAUGGAAAACCAUUUGGACCCCCCGUUGCCAUCGGUCCCGAAAUGGUGAUCGAAUCUCCCAUUUCGUUCCGUCACUUGAUCGUGGACCGAUUGGAAACGGACGACAUGAUCUCCGGAAUAGACUUCAACCAGUGGCACGCGAACAGCCUUUGGAGCAAGGGCCGUGAUCAUCAGACCAUCGAUGCGAAAAUUACGGCACACAAAGUGCGGUUCGAUGGGGAUGUGGAAGGGAACGGUAAAAUCAACGGAGUGGACAUCAUGGACGUCGUUCAACGUAUGAAGGCAGCCAAGACGAACGUCGAGAAUCAGCUGCAGGACUACCAAUCGGAAAUGCGAUCGUUCUGCUCCAACACCAAACAGCUGGUGGAUAAAACCCAGAGUCGGAUGUACUUCUUCAAGUACUUUGUCCAGCGACAGGUGAUCAACGAACAUCUACCGAUUGUGUCGUUCCAUUUCUUCGAUCACUUGGGCUAUCACUUCUUGGGUGUAAAUAUGGGAUGUGAGAGUCACUUCUACCAGUGGGAUUCGGCUGGAAAGGCUUUCGUUCCGAUAUUCAACUUCUACACUGGGGUGGUUGAAGAGUGGAAUCAUGUAGUUAACGGAGAAGAAGCUAUCUACCUGGUGACGAGAUCGAUUAGCGAUAUAACGCAAUGUGAAGUAAUGGGACUGAACGUGUGGUUAUUCACCGGAGUACAACUGCAGCUGAUUUGGAAUACGGUCGAUACGGGCUCGAUGCAAUCCGUAGCGGCCGAUCCGACUAAACCGAGAAGUUUCUACGUGUUGUCACCAAAUCUGGUGGUGGAAUACAGCAUUGAAGGAGGAACCCUUGAGCAGUGGAAGCUUCCGACAAGCGCCUUGGGGUAUGAAUUUAUUCCCGCUGGAGUAGGACUUGGGCUGGCCUUAAGCGAUAGCAAAUUGCUGGUUCUACUCUCCAACGUGAACAAAAAUGAUGAAGGACCGACUGUCAACAGCUCACUUGAGAUGGCGCUCUUCUCUUCUCAAUCGUUGCACGAUCGCGUGAAGCAUGCCUACGCGGAAAAAUUGAUCAAUUCGACGGUUAGUUCGGUGGGAGUCAGUGAUAUAAUCCACCCAGAAACUUUAUCACCACAGGAUGAGAAUCGUCACUUCGACAACGACACAGUGAUCUACGUAGUUGAACCAGAAACAAUUGACACCCCGGAUCCUCCGGUAGCUGGAGAUAAACUGCCAGCGGAGACUCCAAUCGCCAGAGACAUUCCGCAUGGCGGAAUUAUGGUUGCCGACAACCUGCACUUCCCGGAGCGAUCCCGAGGAAAUGUGGUCGCAUUCCAUGCAGGACCACACAACAAGAAGCGACAUCUGGUGGCAGUGUCUACUGCUGUUCACACCGUCGUCCAAGGCGACCAAGACGCGAUCAAGAUCUACACCGACAUCCAGACCGGCAAUCUGUACCAAGUUCUGCCGUGCCAUCGUCCAUCGCACUUGACCGCCCUAGAACUGCGGGACGAAACGAUCCUUGCCUUCCUGGAAGCACGACAAACCGUCCAGGUGUACAUCUACCGCGGCAUGCAGGGAUUUGUGCGGCUUAGCAACUUCAAACUGACGGCGCCGGCCAGAUCGAUGGCCGGAGUAUCGCUACCACAGCCGCUGAUGAUCCGCUGUAAGCUGCAUUACCUGGCGAUUGCUACUGAUCAGCACGAACUAAUCAUGCUUCGGGCCAAGACACAGGGUGAUUGUGGGUUGACGGUUCAGGUGGACUGCGAUGAUGAAAAGUAGGACUAGAAUCAUCUAUAAUCGUUAUUUUGUUGAUGUAUUGUUUGAUGUUGUACAAUGUGUUUGUAUGAAUUGUAUGAAUAUUUGUUAUUUUUGGAGGUAUAUUAGAGUUUUAUACGAA